AUGGUAAAAAAUCAAGCUCCCAACACAAACUUCAUCAAAUCAAUUCUGCCCACAAUAAAAAACAAAACUCGAAAAGUUCAAUUAAUGCUGCGUCUCAAAUAUGAAUUAAAGAAGCAGCAAAAAGAAGGCAGAGAAAAACGCAAAAAACAAAGAGAAAAAACAGGUGAAGCUGUAAUUUUUAUAUAGCCUUUAGCUCCGAAAACUAUUGAAUCAAUGAGAGUUCCUGAAGACUCUUUUGUGACCUCUGACAAUGAAGAAGUAAAAAAUGACGAAAAUAUAGAUGAGUUUGCCAGCUAUUAUAAAGAAGGAGUCCUCCCAAAAAUUAUUGUCACGACUAAAAGGAGACCAUCAGAACAACUAAUAAAAUUCGCUAAAGAGGUGCAAGGGAUUAUGCCUAAUGCUGAGUAUUAUGAUAGAAGAACCUAUGAUAUGAAAGAAAUCUGUGAAUAUGCGUCGAAUAGGGAAUAUACGGAUGUCUUGGUUUUUAAUGAAAAGAAUAAAGAGCCUGAAGGGCUGUGGAUUAUCCAUUUGCCUGAAGGCCCGACUGCUCAUUUUAGGGUGUCGAAUACGUGGAAAAGAAGGGAAAUUCCUAAUCAUGGAACACCGACAGGAUAUUAUCCAGAAUUAAUUAUGAAAAAUUUUGAUACAAGGCUUGGUCAAAGAAUUGGGAGGAUGCUGGCGUCACUUUUCCCACAAAAACCAGAAUUCAGAGGCAGAAAUGUGGUUACCAUGAAAAAUCAAAGAGAUUUUAUGAAUUUUUCCCUAAAUUGUCCAGUAGAUAAUUCUUUUAAAAUGCUCACUGGAUAAUCCAAAGGAUAGCGCCUUAUAUUCUUCAGACACCAUCGAUAUUUAUUCAAAGAGGAUGGCAAAAAAGUAAUAUUACAAGAAGUCGGGCCAAGAUUGACUUUAAAGCUUAGAAGUCUACAAUCAGGGAUUUUCAACACAGAAUCAGGAGAGUACGAAUUUUUAUAUCAGCCAAAUAUGCAGGUGAAUCGUAAAAAAUUCUUUUUAUAA